UCUCUUCCGAAUUCUUCUUUCUUUAACCUUGUCAAAAUUCCAAUUGCAAUUUUGCAGGGUAGAAAAAAUGACGAUUGACGACGACAGCUCAAUAUACGUCGGUGGGCUUCCGUACGACGCCACCGAGGAGAGCCUUCGUCGAGUCUUCCAUAUUUACGGAGCCGUCGUUGCCGUUAAGAUAAUCAAUGACCGUGGGGUUGGAGGAAAAUGCUAUGGCUUUGUUACUUUCAAAAAUCCUCGUUCUGCAAUUCAUGCCAUUGAGGAGAUGGAUGGCAGGACUAUAGAUGGACGAGUGGUGAAAGUAAAUGAAGUGAAGACCAGAGGUGGGAGACCAAAUUAUGGACGUGAAAGUUUUCGACGUAAUUCUGAUAGGGGCCUGAAUUGGGAUAGGGGCAGAGAGAGGGGAAGCGACUAUGAUCAUGAUAGGGACCGUUAUCGAGAUCGGCAUAGAGACCGAUCUCGAGGCCAUGAUCAAGAGAGGGAAAGAGAAUAUGAGCACUCAAGUGACCAUGAUCGAACAAGGAGCCGUCUUGUGGAUGGAGAUAGAUAUCAAGAUCAAGAUCAAGAUCAAGACAGAGAUAUGGAGGACAUUGAACGAGAACACAGAAGAAACCCUGAGCUGGAAUGGGAAAGAGACCAGGACUUGAAUAGUGACCGAGACAAUGAGACACAAAGAAGUAACAAUUAUCAUAAAAGUCGAGUCAAGGAUGAAGAUCAACUGUCUAAAUUACCGAACGGAAGUUCUAACUUUAAUGACCGUCGUGGUAGAGAGCCUUCAUCAGACUCGAGUGAUGACGAUCAUGAGAUGAAAAAACAAUUGGAUAUUUCAAAGCAAAGGCUCGAAGAACUUAAAAAAGAGAUAUCUGAGAUGGAAGAGCUAGAAGACGAGAAACAACAGCAAAUUUUGAAGUUACAGGAGAAAACCCAGAAAUUGGAGGAUGCAUUGACAGUUGCAAAGAAGCUCACCUUACAUCGUCAGAUGCAAUUGACCAAGCUGCACAAAUGUUUUAUGCAAGUAAAAGACUACAGUGAAAGACUUAAAGGAUGUGAACAGGAUCUUCAGUCUCUUGUCGAUUCAGCGAUGAUAGAGGUGGAAUAUGGUGAUGAUGUGGGUGUAAGGGAUGCGAUCCUGGCAAAUGGCAAUGCUUGACAAUGCAUUGAGGUUUAACAGUAUGUUUUGCGUUUGAAAGCUAUUUAUAUACGCGUAUAUGCAACUUAAUUCACACCCCCCUUUUUUGUGUACUCUCUUAUCCUCUUUUAGUAUGAAUGACAUACUUAUUUUCAUGUAAACUUGUUAAUUAGUACUCGUUACAACUCAUCUUUGAUAUGUGAUUGCCCAUUUUUGUUUUUGUAUUGUUC